AUGCCGGUGAGAUCCGAAGCUUCUUGGGUCUCGCUGGAGAGCUUUCAGGAGUUGAAGGCUAAGUUGACCAUCGCACCUGUGUUGACCAUUCCCGACCCGAUGUUGGACUUCACUAUCCAUAGUGAUGCUUCCAAACAAGGAUUUGGUUGUGUGUUGAUGCAACAGGGGAAAGUAGUAGCUUAUGCGUCGAGGCAACUGAAGCCUCUCGAGCAAAACUGCCCAACACAUGACUUGGAGCUUGCAGCAGUAGUUCAUGCUUUGAAGAUCUGGCGACACUAUCUCUACGGAGGAAAGUGCGAGAUUUUUAACGAUCAUAAGAGCCUGAAGUACAUUUUUAUGCAGAAGGAGCUCAACAUGAGACAAAGGGGGUGGCUCGAGUUAGUCAUGGACUAUGACUGCACCAUUAGCUAUCACCCAGACAAGGCUAAUGUGGUGGCCGACGCAUUGAGUUGGAAGGGUCGUGGUGGACUGGCUUGUGUUUUAACCCAACAGGAGAAGUUGAUUCGAGAGUUCAGCAGGCUGGAGAUAGACUCGGUGGAGCAGUUCCCGAGAGCCAGUGAAGUGUUAGAAUCCUUGGUUGUGGCACUGACCCUUCAAGAGAGGAUCGUGGCAGAACAGCCAAAGGAUAGAUUUCUGUGCCUGAUGAGAGACCUAUCUCAGGUUGGUUGGAUUGGAGGAUUCGCGACAGCACCGGAUGGAGCCUUAGUCUUUGAGCAGCGACUUUGUGUUCUGAAGGUGUUGGCUUUGCGAAGAGAGAUUUUGGAGGAGGCCCACAGCACCCCGUACUCUGUUCAUCCCUGGAGUACGAAGAUGUAUCAAGAUCUGAAAAGGUCUUUCUGGUGGAGGGGUCGCAAGAGAGAUGUAGCAAGGUUCGUCGACCACUGCUUCGUAUAUCAGAGAGUCAAGGCCGAAAAUCAGAGGCCGUCGGGCUUGGCUCAUCCACUUGAGAUCCCCGAGUGGAAGUGGGAGCAAGUCACAAUGGACUUUGUAGUAAGUCUCCCGAGAACGAGGAGUGGGAACAAUUCCAUCUGGGUUAUUGUGGAUCGUUUGACUAAGACCGCACACUUUUUGCCAGUGAAGACGACUAUGAAAUUGGAGAAGUAUGCCAAGACAUAUAUCCGAGAGAUAGUUCGACUCCAUGGAGUACCCGUGUUCGAUAGUAUCAGACCGAGACACAUGAUUUAUUGCACAGUUUGGAUUUGGCUGCACAUAGAUAUGGGCACGAGACUUCAUUUCAGCACCGAUUACCACCUCGAGACAGACGGACAGUCCGAGAGAACGAUUCAGACACUCGAGGACAUGUUGAGGGCAUGUUUUUUCGAUUGA